CCAGCCCGACCUGGCAACACUGGGCGAGGAGACGCCAUUCUGAGGCAGCGAGGAGGACAGGACAGCGUGCAUCACCGCUCUCUAGUAGCCAUGUCUUACGGCCGAGGCAACAAUGAGUGUCGCAUAUACGUGGGGAACCUGCCCCCGGACAUCAGGACGAAAGAUAUUGAGGAUCUGUUCUACAAAUUUGGCAAAAUUGUGUUUAUAGAUCUGAAGAACCGUCGCGGCCCGCCCUUCGCCUUCGUGGAGUUCGAGGACCCAAGGGAUGCAGAGGAUGCAGUACAUUCACGUGAUGGAUACGACUAUGAUGGCUAUCGCCUUCGUGUGGAAUUCCCCCGCAACAGCCUUCCUGGGGCAGCCCGGGGUGGAUCUGGCAGGGGCAGGGGGAGGGGACCUCCAGCUCGUCGUUCACAGUACAGAGUGCUUGUUACAGGGCUGCCUCCUACAGGUAGCUGGCAGGACUUGAAGGACCAUAUGCGUGAGGCUGGUGAUGUCUGCUAUGCUGAUGUGUACAAGGAUGGUACUGGGGUAGUGGAGUUCCUUCGCUAUGAGGAUAUGAAAUAUGCUGUCAAAAAGCUGGAUGAUUCAAAGUUCCGCUCCCAUGAGCAAUUACAGGGUGAGAAUUCCUACAUUCGUGUGAAGGAGGACUAUGGUGGGUCCAGUCCAGCAUCUGGUGGAGGCCGUGGGAGGUCAAGAUCACGCUCCAGGUCCCCACGGGGAUACAGGGGCUCCCCAACAUACUCCCCUGUGCGGCGCUCAUAUUCAAGAUCACCCUCAAGGUCAAGGUCCCGGUCCAGGGACCGCUACUAAGUCUACGGCUUGUCGUGGUGCAGACCCUAGAAGACACCUGGCAGGAAUUGGAUGGGCACUUGGCUGACCUGUCAUGUAGCCAAGCUGCCAGCCAUGGCCUGCAGGGGCACAACAGGCUGGGGACAGUGUGCCCUGCGCUGACUUGACUCUCUGGGCCCAUGCAGUCUGUAACCGGGAUUGGAGGACGUCAGGUCUGCACAGUUGCCAGUCACACGUCCCACUUGCCCUUUGAUUAUUGGUUGUCUUCAUACUGUUAGGUUUUGGUGAGAGGGAGAGUGUGUGGCACUCAAUCCACAACUUGACUGAUUUUCAUUUUAAUAGAGUGCCACAUGUAAAUACUUUGGAAACAAAUUCAUAUAUGACUACCAUAAACAUAUUCGCUUUAAGAGUCUUAUAGAAGAUUUGGAAUUUUUUGUACUUUUGAACAAAUUUUGAUAGACUUAAGAUAACUCAAUUUGGAGUAGGUUUAUGCAGUUCUUUAGUGAGCAUGCUUAGUGCAAGGAAAAGUUAACUUUUGUAUACAAAGGGCAAGUAAACUUUAGAUAUAUAAGAUGUAUUCAUAACAUUUAUUGUGACAACAUUAUAGGUUACUUAAAGAUUAAGUUCCUUUCUUUAACAUCUUAUGCUAAUGAUUAUCUUAUGUUCUCACAUUCCAUUCUUACUCCUCAACUGAAGUAUUCUUUUCUCUGAUUUUCCCUGGUGUUCAGUGUCACCGAAUAACAUUUUGAUUAAAAUGGAUAAUAAAAUUCGCCUUCGAAUGGAUUUUGUAUUGAACGAAGCUUGACCCAUACACUGUAGCUCUCAAUUUAUCUGAGACUAAUUGUUUGUUUUUCUUUCUACACAGUCCCGUAGCUAGUAGGCUGCUGCAAUAUGGCCAUCCUUCCUGCCAAAUUAUCGUAGAUUUUGGAAAGCUAGGAUUUGAGAAGUGGAGGAGGAGCAUUCACAAUGGCGUGGACGAGAGGCUCAAUCGGAGUGAAAGGCUCAGGAGGAUACAAUGCCGCAGCAAGCUAGCAAGGGGAGAAUCACACUUUGGAUAACUUGGAUCACAUUGGAUGGGAUGCUCUCAUAAGGAUCUCACUUGGAUUUACCAUGGAUAGAAAAAGGAGGAUAUUUCGGGGACAUGUUCUGCGCUCAGAGGAUCUCACUGGAGGAUCAUGGAUCACUUGUGGAUAAGGAUUUGAAACAUUCAAGGGAUUCGCCAAGUAGCAAAGGACUGGAUUUGUGAGUUAAGGAUUCACCUUCCCCCCCCUUCAUUGCCUGAACUUAUAACUAAUUUCCCGCCAUAGUCCUCUACUUAGUACAAAUUUACAGGUUACCAGUCACUAGAUUUUUCUUUUCUUUUACUGGGUUGAUUAAGCAAGAAAAUUUCCUAACAAUAUAACAAACUUUGAAUAUCCAGAAACAUAAUUAUUUGAAGUUUGACCAGAAUUGAUACCGUAAGGGGAAGUUGGCAAGGAAGAACGGAUUUCACUUGUUAUUAAUCAGCUUCUUUUUUGCAGCAGCAAUAUCCCUCAUGGUCUUCUGUUAAGCAACAGUGAACUCAACAAUAAAAGGCUGUUGUGA